CCUCCACGCUCGCUCUUAAUGAAACGCCGGUACCCGCGGCUCGCGCUGCGCUCGCUCCAUCAGAGUGCUCCCUUUAAAAAGUUGUUAAGGCGCUUUUCUCGCCGUCUCCCUCGCGCCCUCUCGUGUUGCAACAAAAUAAUAUCCGCGGGUGGUGGCUUCCGAGGCUGCAACCGUCAAGAGAUUUACCGAGCGUGGCCGGAAUGAAACCAUAAUAACAUUGUAAUUCAACGACAAUAAAUAACUGUUUUAAAUUUACUCAACCUAGGAUAAAUGAUGAAUCAUAUAUAUGUAUUAUAAAUUCAUAAUUUUGAGAUGAUUUAACCUCAGAAGGAGGAUUGUUAUGACAAUAACGCGAUGUGAUACAAUACCAAGGAAGUUGUUGGUAUCAAAUGUCUUUUGGCAUCAUGGCGUCGGAAUCAUCGCGACGCUCAAGAUCCGUUUCCAUGGAAACCGGAGGUCUACCAUUGGUUUCGACGUUUGCUCUGCUCACUAUUGUUGCAGGUCAACUGCAAGGAUCGGGCUACAGUGAGCAAGAGCCUGAGUUUCUGUCGCCACUAGAAAACCUGACAGUGGCACAGGGCAGAGAUGUACACUUCACGUGUACUGUCAACCAUCUUGGCACUUAUAAGGUGGCCUGGAUAAAAUCAGACACGAAGACGAUCCUAGCGAUCCACACACACAUGGUGACGUUGAAUCCUCGUCUGUCAGUCACCCAUAAUGGCCAUAACACUUGGAAGCUUUACAUCAGUAAUGUGGAGCCUAAGGACUCUGGCACCUACAUGUGUCAGAUAAAUACAGACCCUAUGAUGAGUCAGAUGGGACACCUCUCAGUGGUGAUACCACCAGACAUUGCCGAUGACGACGGCUCCGAAGCCAGUGCUCCUGAAGGAGGUUCAGUGGAGCUUCGCUGCACAGCGGCUGGAGUCCCAGCACCUAUUAUAUCCUGGAAGCGGACUGGAGGACGGAAUAUUGUGUUCCGUGAUGACAAUGGAAAGGAAGUCAAAGUGGUAGAGAGUUUCGUUGGCUCGACUUUGGCGCUAAAAGGACUUCAGCGUUCCGACAUGGGGACGUAUUUGUGCAUCGCAGCUAAUGGCGUCCCGCCAACUAAGAGCAGGCGAUAUGAAGUCUCAGUGUUAUUCGAGCCGAUCGUACGUGUGGGGAGUCCAGUAGUACUCCGAGCGGCAGACAUGCAAGUCACUCUCCAAUGCUACGUUGAAGCUUCGCCUAAAUCACUUAACACCUGGCAGCGAGGAAAAUCACAAGCCGGUGGAAAACUGCUGAACAGCUCAAAAUACGUCAUAUCAGAGGAAAUACUGAACGAGUAUGCUUUGCGAAUGAACCUGACAAUAAAUCGACUGAAGAAGGGAGAUUUUGGUGAAUACACAUGUUCGGCGGCCAACGGGUACGGCAAAGCUGAAGGCAUCAUCACUUUGAAAGAAACGCCGCAAAGGACUACGACGACGACAACAACUACAACUACGACGACAACAACAACUCCGCGUCCGACAACAACAACGCUUGCGACAACGCGACCUCCGAAGCGUCACCUCAAGAAACAACAUGACCGCGGCAAUCAGAACGCCCUCGACGCCGACAUGCGCCAAGCAGAGCUCAACAAUGCCUUCAACUUCUACAACAGCGCCUUCACACCACCCAACAACUCGGUCAACGAGUACGCUCAAAGAACCGAGCGCCAGAAACUACGCCCCACUGGCUCAACACGACAAUACAUCGUAUACAACAAAACCAACAAAAUCCAAAACACCAUUCUAUUUACCAUGUUCAUAUUACUACUAAAAGUUUUUGUAUAGACAGAAAUUAGAUUUCUGAUUUAUUUUAAAAAAUAUAGCAUUAACAUGUAGGUAGUGAUAAAAACAUGGCUGUUGAAUUUUAUAUGUGUAAGUACGUAUUUUGAGGUUGUUGUAAACGUUUUAGUGGAUCUUGAUGUUAAUAUUGUUAUGUAUAAACAUUAUCGGCAGUUGUUUGAUAAAAAUAAUGAGUUACGGCCUUAAUAUGUAAAUUGAGACAAUAAAUACGAAGUUCUUAAUAGUAAGGCUCGACUGUCUUUGGCCUGUUUAAACAUAAUUGAUAAAUGCCGGUGAUUAAUUGCAAGUACCUACAAUCCUACAUAUAUUGAGCGAGCCUAGAGGUAGCAUACGCAUUUAAUUAGCUUGAUAAAUAAGCAAGAAAUCUUUAAUGUUCACUCGCAUUCAUCAAAAUAACGAACGGGCAUAUUUUCCUAAAAUUGCUGAUGAAAAUAAAUAUUUAUGUAUCUUACAUAAAAAUAAUAUAUCAUUGUUAUCAUAUCAGGUGGCUAUUGAAUAAUGAAAUAUGGAUUAAAAAAUGAUAGACUUGAAACAGAUCGAAGGAAUAUCUGAGAAAGAUUUAAAAACUCCGUUUAGCUAACAUUUUAUUAUUCUCGUAUUAUUAUUCUAUACAAUUCUUAUUAUACAAUAAU